AUGGAACCUGAAGAUGUCUUCUCUGCCGUGAUGUGCGCCAUGAAUUCUGUGAUGACCAAGGCGUCUCAGAUGAGGACCUCUGCCACCACGGCGGCUACCGAUGCUUCCUGCGCGGCCAUAGAUUGCUUGUCGCAGCUGAAGAGGGCGGCAGGUGAGAGCUACAAAUCCUUGAAGGAGAACGGCCUGAAGAACUGGUGUUCCGAAAAUCUCGAAGCGGCCAAGGGAUUUUCCAUGCGUCAAGUCCAGUGGUCCGUGGAGACCACGAAAGGCUUGGUGGACUCCGUGAAGACCACGGCGCAUGGCAAGCUGCAGGAGACCUUGACGAGCAUCAAGGGCACCUACGCGACGGGCAGGAGCAAUGCGGCGAAGACCUUGGAAAACGCCAAGAGCAAGGCCAAGAGCAAGGCGACUGAGGCGCAAAAGAAGGCCAAAGAGGUGGUCCAGGACAAGCACGUCCAGGCCACGGCUGCCGGGGUGCUGGGUGGAGCGGCCACCCUGGGCGUCAGUGGCGGGGCGACCGGCCUGGCAGCUGGCACCGUGGUCGGUGGGGCCAUCGGCGUGCUGCCGGCGCUUUUCACCUUCGGUUUGUCCAUUCCCGUUGGCGCGGCCAUCGGCGGAGGAGCAGGUCUGGCCGUGGGCGCCUCCGUAGGCGCCAUGGCCGGCAGCGUCACCGGCGGCGCAGCCGGGUACCAGGCCUACGCCAAGAGGGAACAGAUUGGCGAGUUUCGCACCAACACGGUGAACAAGGUUACCAGCGGUGUGGAUGCAGUGAAGGGAAAAGCUGUGGCCUCCGCGCAGUAUCUCAGAGACAAAGCGUCCGAAGCGCGCCAGCGCUUGGGCGGCAGUGCCACAAUUCUGCUAGCGGCGCUGAUGCACAGACGAGUUCAUCGUGGUGAAGACCUGGGAAUCGCGGGGGCCCAGGGGAGAACAGUACACACCCCGGGUCUAGUGGUGCCUCGGAUGACGAUGCCACCGGACGGGCUUCAGGGGGGCAGCCGGGGCUUUUCCGGAUCCCAGUUGCUAACCGCCUGGUCGGAACGCUUGGUGCGCUUGCCCCACGCCACUGAGAUCGAGGCCCGGCCCGCGGCUCUGGGGACGAGCUAA